ACCAAACUGCCUGAGGCGGUGCAAGUGUCUGGGUGAGAGCAAGGCUAUAGAACUCCGGUGAGAGUCGCCAGCCGACUGGGACAUAGGUAUCUUGACUGGGACGGUUCGCGACUGGAGAGUGGAGAGUGCAGCGGCGGGAUGGGCAGGGUACGACAGUGUUUCGGCAGGGGUGUGGGGUGCAGUGGCGGCCCGCGAGCGGCCACGUGGGUCAGAGUCGGCAGCUGUGUUGUCCGUGCGGGGCGUGUCACGUGGGGAGACGGGCAGGCCGCGGUGGGGUGUUACGCCGCUCAAGGUCACGGCGCUCUGAGGAUGGAGCGGUCCUGGUAGCCGGCGCAGUCAAGUGGCGGCCGACCUUCGACCCGGCUGGAGUAUGGCGCUCGGACCGACUGUCGUGACACGGUGACGGUCCACAGAGCACCGCCACCGACACUGCCGGCCGGCCGGCCCCAUGUCAGCCGACUCCGGCAGCCGCGGCGGGGGCGGGGGCGGGGGCGGCCGGCUCCUGACGCCGCGCCGCCUCCUGGCGCUGCUGGCCGCCUCUACCGCUCUCUCCAUCCUCCUCUACCUGCGCUGGACGUCCUCCAGCGCAUUCUUCGGGGCCAGCCCGCGACCGGUGUUCAUCACCCAGCCGCCCACUCCCACCGGCCAGCCCGACACACUGGAAGGACUCCUGCAGCGAGACUUCUACAGCAGAGAGUGGGAGACGUGCGACAGCCCCGAGCAGCUCCCCGUGUUCAUCAACAACGAGCACUGGCAGCACCCGUUCAACACCUCGCUGUACGUGCUGGCGGCCUACCCGGACCGGAGACUCCGGGCUAAGCGGCGCGUCUUCGCUUACGUGCGGGUGAUAGCGAUGAGGGACGGCUACCAGCACAGCGCGGGACGCCAGGUGCACUGCCAGCUGCGCUAUGAGAACGGCACGGAGAGCGUGCCGGCGCUGGAGCAGCUCAUCUGGCAGAGCCGCUGGGACCCGCAGAACACGGGAAAGCUGUUCGACCCGGUGUUGGUGUCGUGCCCGCUGCGCGGCGGACUGAUGCCGCUGUCUGUGGCGCUGACGCCGACACCGUGCGCCGCCGCUGACACGGACCUGGCCGUGGAUGUGGCGCCGCUGCGCGAGUGGCAGAGCUCGCGGCGUCGGGACGGGUUCGCCGUGUGUGUGAAGGGGUUACAGCUGGGGGACGAGUGGGCGGGCCGGCUGGUCGAGUGGAUCGAGCUGCUGAGGCUGAUCGGUGCCGACGCGUUCGUGUUUUAUCGGUACGACACGGGACCGGAGGUGUCCAAAGUGCUGGAGCACUACGAGACCCAGGGCGUGGCCACGGUGGUCAACGCCACCCUGCCGGGGUUCCAGCCCAACUAUCCGCCGGCGCGGCGGCGCUACCUGCGAGCCGCCGUCUGGCAGAAGCGCCGCUUCGAGCUGGUGCACUACAACGACUGCCUGUACCGCAGUCUGUACCGGUACCGGUUCGUGGUACCGCUGGACGUGGACGAGGUGCUCGUACCGCGCCAGUACCGCACCUGGGCCGAGCUGAUCGAGCACCUGGAGGUGAACCCGCACCUGCUGCAGCGGUUCGCCUCGCUCUCCGUCCGGCACGUCUACUUCUUCGACAACCUGACGCAGACGCCGGACCCCGGUCUGCCCGAGCACUUCCACGCGCUGCGGCACACGGAGCGGAGCGCCAACAUCAGCGGGCGCGGCUUCAGCAGCAAGGCGUUCGUCAGCACGCGGGGCGCGCUCACCGUGUUCAACCACUACGCGCUGGCGCCGCUGUACCCCUACACCGCUCACGAGGGACGCAUAGUGCCAGCCCAGGCGCUGCUCCACCACUACCGCGCAGAGUGUCCGCGGGACCUGAGUGCCGAGUGCCGAAAUAACUACUACAUGUACACCGAGACGGACCACAGCCUGGAGAGGUACCGAGAACAGCUGGUCGCUGCGGUCACACAGACACUGACACAGCUGGGACUGGGAGGGGAGGGUGGGGCGGGAGGGGCGGCGCACAGCGAGGGUGAGACGCCGACUGACAAGGAUGGUGAAAGCGACGCUGACGGGGACCACAGAGCGCACACCAGUGAUGUGGGAAGUGAUAUACAAUGAUACGAAGGGGGAUUAAGAUUGCCUAUGGCGGUGCUUAGGCGGAAUAGACAAGAUUCAGCAAAGCACGACCGUCAAUUCUAGCAGGAUAGGCACGCAAUGGGAGGCCGACAUCAGGGAGACAUCAAGAAUCAGAAUCACCCUCAUACGUUUCCCGUUCCAUAUAAGACAAUAAUGAUACCAUUUAUAACUGUGGUUGCGACAAGGGAGAAUGUCUAGGCGGUUGUCUUCGCAUGUUGCCGCAAAUGAGCGUUCCUAGCGUGCCUUCAUGGUACUGGCCUCUGCAAUUUUCGACUGCUGUUAUUGGAUGGUCUCGUCGCUACUUUUCGCAGGGAUUUUACCGGUGGAUAGUCUGGCUGUGACUAGUGUAUUUAUGUCCAUCGUUAAUGGAAAUACACUUACACUCGUGGUA